CCUCACUUCACUCCAGAAAGCACACUGCCAAGGAAGGAGGGUGGUGUGGCACGCUCUCCUCUAAAGAAGCCUGUGUAAAAAAACAAGACUUCUUCAAUAAAGCUGAAAAAAUAAAUCAGUUUUGUCAUAAAUUUUAUUACAGACAGGCUUAUAUUCUGCUGCCAGGGUGUUACAUCUUAAAAAUGAGUUUAUUAUGUGCAACAGCUUUUCCUCAGUAAAAUCACAAAAUCAUAGAAUGGUUUAGGUAGGAAGGGACCUCCUAUCUCAUCUAGUCCCAAUCCCCUGCCAUGGGCAGGGACACCUUCCACUGUCCCAAGUUGCUCCAAGCCCCAUCCAGCCUGGCCUUGACCACUUCCAGGAAUGGGACAUCCACAGCUUCUCUGAGCAACUUGUGCCACUAUCUCACCACCCUCACAGGGAAGAAUUUCUUCCUAAAAGAAUAAAAAAUACAUAAUUAGAAAUAGAAUUUUUAAAGAAUUUGGCAGUUCUCCAGAUUUUUUAAUUCUUAAUAAAAUGCUUCCAUUUAUGUCAUGUCAAAAAUGUCUUUUUUUUUUUUUAACUUUUGAAGGAAAAUCUAACAUAAUGGAUGCUGUCAGCUUUGUGAUGUGUGAAAAGACAUCAAAUUUGCGAGUUAAAAGUAUUCAAGAACUUAUUCAUGGAGCGCAUGUUGGAAAACCCGUUUCUUCUACAGCUAGUGUGAAGAUAGUAUAUUGUGAGGAAGAUGGGGAAGAAAAAACAUUUUCAAGAGUCAUCCGUGGUACUUGUUCUGAGUUUCUUUUCAAUGACAAGACUGUCAGCCGAUCUGCAUACGUAUCUGAGCUUGAAAAAGUAGGCAUUCUUGUCAAGGCCAGGAAUUGCCUUAUUUUUCAGGGCACAGUAGAAUCAAUCGCAUUGAAGAAGCCGAAGGAGAGAGCUCAACUUUUUGAACAAAUUAGUAAUUCAUGGGAAUAUGCUGAAGACUAUGAGCGAAAGAAGAAGAAAAUGCAGCAAGCAGAACAGGAUGCACAGUUUAAUUAUAACAAGAAAAAAAGUGUGGCAGCAGAACGCAAACAAGCAAAGAUGGAAAAAGAGGAGGCAGAGCAUUACCAGAUGCUAAUCAAGGAACUGGAGGAAGAAAGGAUACAGCUGCAGCUUUUUCAGCUUUAUCACAAUGAAAAACAAAUUGACUUUCUGAAAAACAAUUUGGAUGAAAAGAAUAUGGAGGCCUACAUCAAGAAAGAGUCUCUUUCUGCAGCAGAAGAAUCAUUUAAAGCCAAGAAAAAAAUGUUUGGGAUAUUAAACAGGGACCAUCAGCAUAUGGAAAAAGAAAUGAAGACUCUGGAAGCAUCACUGAUCCAGCAGAGACCCCUCUAUAUAAAAGCAAAGGAAAACACAUCCUAUCAAAUCAAGAAAGUAGAAACGUUGAAAAAAUCUCUAAGGGAAAAGGAGAAAUCCUGUGAUAAGGAAAAGCAGAACAUAGAAGAACUGCAGAUGGAAUUGAAUGAUGUUGAGAAGGCAUGGAGAGCGUUUGAGGAGAAAACUGCAGAAGAGAGAAUGGAGAGAGCAGCAGAUAUUGAGCUGGAAGAAAGUCAGCUGGAGCGCUACAAAGAGCUAAAGGAACUGGCAAGAAAGAAAGUAGCCAUACUGGCCCAGCAGCUAGAAAAACUUCGUUGGGAGGAUAAAGGAGAUCAAGAAAGGCUGAAACUUAAUCGCAGGAAGAAAAAUGAAAUUGAGGAAACCAUAAAACAGACCGUGGAACAGGUAGAAGAGCAUGAAAAACGCAUAGAGAAGUUGGAAGAAUAUGCUAAAAUAUGCAUUGCAUCAUUAACAGAAAAAAAACAGCAGGAGGAGGUGCUGGCUAAGGAAGUUGAGAAUGCAACAAUUCGAAUGGCUGAAGUGAACGAAGACUUGAGCAAAAUAGUUGAUGAGCUGCAGAAUGCCAGGAUUGAUUACCACGAGGGAAGGCGUGAGCAGAUGAGAGCAGAGAUCCUGGAAAGUCUGAAAAGGCUGUAUCCAGAUUCUGUGUUUGGAAGAUUGCUUGACCUGUGUCAUCCUAUUCAUAAAAAAUACCAGCUUGCAGUUACCAAGGUAUUCAGCAAAUACAUGACUGCUAUUGUUGUUGCCACUGAGAAAACAGCAAGAGAUUGCAUUCGCUUCCUAAAACAAGAACGAGCUGAACCUGAAACUUUCCUUGCGUUGGAUUACCUUGAUGUUAAACCAAUUAAUGAGAAGCUGAGGGAGAUAAAAGGAGCUAAAAUGUUGGUGGAUGUUGUACAAACUCAAUUUGUUCCACUGAAAAAAGUGAUUCAGUUUGUGAGUGGGAAUGCCUUGAUCUGUGAAACAGUUAAGGAAGCAAAACACAUUGCAUUUGAUGGACCAGUGAGACUGAAAACAGUGGCUCUUGAUGGAACUUUAUUUUUGAAAUCUGGAGUGAUUUCUGGAGGAUCAAGUGAUUUAAGAUUUAAAGCUAGAAUUUGGGAUGAGAAAGAAAUGAGUAAAAUGAAAGAAAGAAGAGAUAGUUUGAUUAAUGAGUUAAAGGACUUGAUGAAGACCAGGCGGAAGGAGGCUGACUUGAAGCAAUUGCGUGCUCAGUGCCAGGGAACUCAGACACGACUUAAAUAUUCACAGAGUGAAUUAGACCUUAUUAAAAAGAAACAACUUGCUAAUCUCUCCAUGGAAAAAUCAAAACUGGAAAGUGAACUGGUAAAUGUUGAGGCUCAGCAUGAUAUGCUGAAUGAAGGAAUAGCACAAAGAAAAGAAAAAAUAAAAGAAUUUGAGAAAAAAAUUAACGAGGUUGAAGAUGUUGUUUUCCGGGAAUUCUGUGAAGAAAUUGGUAUAGAAAAUAUUCGUGUGUAUGAACAAGAACACGUGAGACAGCAAGAGGAGAUCGAUAAGAGAAGACUUGAGUUUGAAAAUCAGAGGACACGACUGAACAUUCAGCUGGAGUAUAAUCGUGACCAUCUACAAAAAUCAACAAACUCAGUCACCAAGCUGAGGGAGACAGUUCAUAAAGAUGAAGCUGAGAUUAGCAAGCUACAGAAGGAUGAGGAAAAGCUUCUAAAAAAAGUGAAUGAACUUUUGGAGGAGCAGCAACACCUUAAGGAUAGAUUAAGUGCUCAUAAAUCUGAGCUUACAAAAAGCCAAAAUGAAGUUGAAGAGUUCAGAAAGAUGAUGUUAACUCUUAAUAGAGAAGCCACAAAGUUGCAGAGGGAAGCUACAGCUCUAGAAACCUCUCUGGAGGCAAAGAGAUUGAGGCGGCACAAUCUGCUGCUGGAAUGCAAAGUGCAGGACUUGAAAAUCAAGUUACUCUUUGGAUCACUGGAUGACAUCAGUGAGGCAGAGCUAGGAACUGAAGUAGAAGGUACCCAGACUCUGUCAGGGAUCUAUGAAAGGGAAGAGGGGAUUCAGAUAGACUACAGCCCCCUAGAAGUCGACCUAAAGGAACUAGAAUCUGAUAAAGACAUAGAGGAUCAUGCACAGCAAAUGCAGCAGGAAAUCAAAUCUAAAGAGGUCAAAUUAAUGAAGACAGCUGCUCCAAACCUGAGAGCAGGAGAGAAGUUACAGCUGGCUCGGAACAAGUUCCAAGAAUCAAUAGAUGCUUUUGAGAGCAGCAGAAAGGAGGCCAGAAAAUGCAAGCAGGAAUUUGAAGAGGUGAAAAAAAGGAGAUACGAGCUGUUCAGCCAGUGCUUUGAGCAUGCCUCCAUAGCCAUUGACAGGAUCUACAAGAAGCUGUGCAGGAACAGCAGUGCUCAGGCAUUCCUCAGUCCUGAAAAUCCCGAGGAGCCCUAUCUGGAAGGGAUUGGCUUCAACUGCGUGGCUCCGGGCAAGCGCUUUAUGCCCAUGGACAGUCUGUCAGGAGGGGAAAAAACAGUGGCAGCCCUGGCUCUUGUGUUUGCCAUACACAGCUUUCGUCCAGCUCCUUUUUUUAUUUUGGAUGAGAUAGAUGCUGCACUGGACAACACAAACAUUGAUAAAGUCUCAAGUUUCAUUAGGGAGCAGGCACAUGAACAGUUCCAAAUGAUAGUUAUUUCCCUGAAGGAGGAGUUCUACUGCAAGGCAGAUGCGUUGAUUGGCGUGUGUCCUGAGUACGACGAUGUCAUGUUCAGCCAAGUCCUGACCCUGGAUCUCACCGAGUACCCCGAGGGGGAGGAGCAGGACACGCCAGAGAGGCCCAGCCGCGGGUCUCUCUUCCAAUAGCGCCGAUGGCAUCAGGGCCGGGAGACAGCAGGAACAAACUGACUCCUGCAGACCUGAGUUCAAAUGUGGCUGUGAGAGGUUGGCAGGGAAAUGGUCACUUUUCAAGUGAAACAGUUUUGCAAAAUGUUAAAGGAAUCAACUGCUACACCUUGCUGCAGUUUUGUUAAGGAGUGAGAGCCCCAGGCUGUUUCUGAGGUGUGCACACUGGCACCAAAAGCUUUCAUUCCAAAUAUUCUGGCUGUACGAAGAAGGGCUGCAGGUUCAGUUCCGUAAGUGUAAUAUCCUAAAGAAGCAGCCUCCUGCUUUUCUUAGGAAAAGUCCAUAGUGCCAGCACACUCUUCAGGUGCUCACUACUCCAGUCAGGACCUUUUGUGUUGUAGUUGCAUCUGUUUGUCUUCAGACAGGAUUAUUUCCUCUUUUCCUAAACAGUAAGCUACUGGAAUAUGCUCAUUAUCUUGGGUGACUUCUGUGAUAACCAGGAAGACUUCAGUAUUCCACUGUAACCUUACACAAGUAUUAGUUAACUGUACAAAAACUUGCCAUGCAGCUCUAGAGCUGUGUUGUAACCUUGAAAAAUUCCACCUCUGAGCUAUUUCACCUCCUACAGAAGUGGAAAGAAUGUGUCAGAUGCUAUAGAGGCAAAUGAAAUAGAAAAACGUAUUGGUUUGUUAUUAUGCAGCUGUCCCAGUACACUGGAGUCACUUUGCUGGCCAUUUUUCAUCUAAGCAGAUGAAAGUUAAUGAACUUAUUAUCUAAGUUAAUGAAGUUUCAGAAAACUGAAAGCUGGAAUCACUUUAUCUGGCUUAUGUUCCACCUCUGUGUGUGCUGAAGAGCUUCCCUUGGUUUGUGGUUGUUCAUAAUAAUUCUAUGUUGUGUUCACAGAGCAGGUUCCUUUCGUUCUGUGGGUUCCUUACACGUACCUGCCUUGUCAUGGGCUGUGAGCCCUGAGCUGGGCUGGGCCCGUGGGGGUCCUGCCUCAGGGAGGAAGGUUGAGCGGGAGUGUAACAUGUUUCAGGGGAAUACAGAUGUUCAUCAAGGAUUUGUUAUUGCUACACUUCACUGAAUAAAAUAAAAUAAUUUACUCUGAGGCAUGAGUCAGCAUCAGCACCUUCAUUCAGGAUCCAGUAACAGAUGUGUUAGGAGAUAAAAUACCCCUCACUCCUCUGCUUUUGAGGAUGCAGUGGAUGCCCCCCGAGAGGAGAGGCUGCUGGACAGCUGCAGUUCAGCGGUGUCUGCAAGGGAACCAUCGCCAGUGCAGGGUGCAAGCUGAUCCAAGGGGAGGGGUGGGACUUCAAGCACAUGAUAAGGAGCUGCAGGACUUCAGGGUUUAAUUAGUGGUAGUAAUCAGGGUCACUGCAGUCAAAUACCUCAAUGCAAGUGAUGGAUUUUGCUUCAGCUUGAAGCAACAUGUGAAGUGUUGUGAGCUGAUUAUCAGGAUUCACGAGAGCCUGACCAGUCACUUUCCACAGCAGCCCAUUCAUGCUGACUGCAGAAGCUUAUGUUGGAGGGAAGUCUCACAGAUGAUGCUCUGUGAUGCUGAAAGACAGUCCUCAGAAGUGAUCUUGGUGUAAAUAGACCCUCUGAGAGGCACAGGGCAGCUGUGAGCUGCCUGAAGGCCUGCAGAGCACAGCAGCAUCCUCACAGUGCACCUCACUGGAGCCUUUUGUCCCAGGGAAUUGCAGGAGUGGGUUGUGCAACAAGGGUUACUCCUUACAGACCUGCGAAAGCACAGUCAGAAAGGCCACCGCCAGCCCCAGCCCUUGCCCUCCCUGUAAAACCCCUGUACAAUGUGACCUGCUCUCAGAAGGCCUAACAGAAAUCCUUAGGAAGCAGCCACAGGGGAUCCUGACAGGAGCAAUCCUGCAGCCCUCCAGGUCCCCCUGUGCUGGCAUCAGCACAAAGAACAGCCCUGGACUUGCUCUCCUGCAGAGUGAGGUGAGAGCCAGCUGACUGCAAACCUGCACAGAUCACAGUGCUGGCAGCUGCACUGGGAGUUGGUCUGGUGCCAAGACGCUGCAGGUGUGGGAAGUACCAGGCCCUGCUGGGCCUCACCUUCACCCUUGGAGCAGCUCAGCCAAAGGCAAACUUACACACAGGCCUUACCUGCAGCUGGAUCCUCUGAUACUGACUGGGCUUCACUCCACUGCAGGACUGUUACCUGCUGUGCAGGCAGCAGAGCCUGAUGUAGCAGGAUUUAAACACUUCCACAGGAAGCACUGCAGAGCUCAGGCAGUGCCUGCCCUGCAGCAUUGUUCCAGCCUGGCCUUCCAAGUGAUCUUGUGCCUCACUGGACACAGGAGAAAACAAAUCCUCGUGCCAAAAGUGGAAAGCAGGUGGGUCACCAAGCUGUGGGUUCCAUAAAUGUGGAACAGCACUGUUCUUCAGGAUUUGGGGAUCGGAGACUGAAGCCUGCAGGACGCCUGAAGAAUCCAGAAACCCACCUGCAGUUCAGCUGAUGGUAGAACUGAACAGCCUGUAUCUCAAAGGGCAGCUGUGCCAAGAGGCACUUUUGACAGAUUCCAGCAUUGUGUGGCUUCACCUGGGGA